AUGUCGAAUUCUAAGCUCGCUAACAAAACCCCAGAAAAGAUAUCUACCGAUCCCUGGUCGUAUCAUGUCGAGAUUAGUACAGAAAGUUCGAAGAUUCAUUCAUACUUUAGUGCCGUACAGUCAAGGUUUUGGACCUUCGAACAUUAUAUUAAUUGGAUAUGUAAGAAUGCUGAACCUCCUAUUUGGACCACAUGCGUAGAACAAUUCUACGAGUCUUUACGUAUGCUAAAUAAAAUCAAAGUGGUACCUCUUAGCGUUCGAGCAUAUGUGAAAAGUCUUGUGGAAAUUAUGAAUGAAAUGGAAACCCAAGAUACGAUGAAAGUCCUUGAGAAGACAUAUAUAGCACUAAUAAAGGAACGACAGGGUAAAAUGCUUAGCAAGACCUUGUUACAUGCACAAACGGAUAAGGCUACUUAUGCUGAUGCCACGGGUGUUGUUGGUUCCAAAAGACAAGCAAACCUAAAAGAAGUUUCCCAUGAGCAGAAAAAGAGAAGAACGGACGCACAAGACACUGACAAUAUUACAGAUGCUACAGAUGUGGAUGAGGACUCAUGUAACGAUUUAAGCAAGCUCGACUUUAUGAAAUUUGAUGAAUCUUAUUUAGCCAUGGAUCCCGAAAAGAUGUGGAAGCUAAAAAGUGGACGCAAAGUUGAAGAAAUAAUUCAUCAGUUUGCAAAAAAGUUACAUAAAGAAUCAUGUCUACAUUCUUUCAUUAUCAAUGACACCGACAAGAACGCUGAAUCAUUAUUUUCAAAGGAAGAAUGGAAGGAAAUUUUCUUUACAAGUGUUAAAAAGAAGCCAAAAGUUGAAGUUCCACUGCGUGAGUUAAUUAGCAAAUACACACUCGAUAAUAUCAGCGAUUUGCGAAAAACUGUUUUCCAACCAUUCAUACCGGAUGGAUUUGAAUUCAAUAGAAAUUUGCAUUAUAAUCUUGACUAUAUAAACUACGCAUAUCGGGGAAUGCUACUUCUAUGGGAAAUGGAGGAUAGCUUUACUUCGGAUCCAUCAAAACUGGAAGGUUGGUUCCAGCAUAACGUAUGGAGCCGUUUAAUUGACCCAGCUUUCCAUGAUAUGAAGGUUGAGUUAAUUCGGGGUGAAGGCAUGAGCCUCGCCUCAAGUGAUAGGAAGAAUGAGGGUAGAACAAUCUCAGGUCGUAAAAAAAUUGGGAAGAAAGGGGACGGAAUUUUUAGAAUCACGAAAGAUCGCAUGGAAUUUGGAGCUAUUGAAACAGGUCGCAAGUGGGAAGGAUUGAAAGGAACUAAAUAUUUGAAAGAUAGUCUGAAAUUAAAUAAAAUGUUAAAAGAUAUGCUUACACAACUUGUUGCUGAGUGUGAUAGGAAAGAUGACAUCAUCAGGCAAUUGCAAGUUAUCGGUAUGUUAAAUGGAGGUAAUCGAUUACAAAUCAUUACAAUGGAUACUCCCAAAGGAUACAUUUGCCGUGUCGAACGUGGAAAAAUUUAUGAAGUUAAUGGUCGGUUAAGCAUGUCACAGCCACUUGCUUUUGUUGUGAAAGAAAUUUUACGUACAAAAGCAAUAUUUAUGCAGACGUUAGACUUGAUUAAUAAUAAUAAAUUAAGCAAUUUAUUCAACGAUGACACUGAUGAUGACGACGUUGAGGAUAAUUCCAGAAGCUCCACACCUCCUCCAUUUGCCUUGCCUAAAACGUUCCCUACACCACACACGUCAAGAGUGGAAAAUAAACUAAAAAUUUAA